AUGAUUGAUCGACGGAGGAGAAAGGGGAUCCAAAGCAUUGUCAUUGUCUUCCUCACCAUUCUGGUUUUCUCUGCUAUCGCGACGCGAUGGAUCAAUGUAUCCAGUAAUGCAGGUUUGAUCCCAAGAGAAUUUGAAUCCUCCGAAACAUACAAGACCUUUAUUGCAAAACCUACAUGUUUGAUGAGCUGUUUUGAGAAACUAGCUGCGGCGCAGAAUAAUGCAACUUCAGCAACUGAGGAGGCGUGUCCAGAGUACUUUCGAUGGAUCCAUGAAGACUUAAGCCCGUGGAAAGAGACUGGAAUUUCAAGGGAAAUGGUAGAAAGAGGUAAAGAUGUUGCACACAUAAGAGUGGUUAUAGUUAGUGGUAGAUUAUAUGUGGAGAAAUACAAGCGCGCUUUCCAGACGAGAGAUGUUGUCACGAUUUGGGGAAUUUUGCAGCUUCUUAAGUUGUAUCCUGGUAAGUUACCGGAUUUGGAUCUAAUGUUCGAAUGUGAUGACAAGCCGGUCGUCAAGAAACAGGAUUAUGCAGGAAAUGAGGCCUUGGUUCCACCACCGGUGUUUCAUUACUGUGGUGAUGAUGAGACUUUUGAUAUUGUCUUUCCUGACUGGUCCUUCUGGGGUUGGACUGAAAUCAAGAUAAAGCCUUGGGAGAUCCUGAAGAGUGAGAUUAAAGAAAGCAAUGAAAAGCUUAAAUGGAUGGACAGAGAGCCUUAUGCCUUUUGGAAAGGUAACACAAAGUUGAGCAAAGUUAGACAUGAUCUCGUGGGAUGCAACUCUUCGACAAAUGGUGAAUGGAACAUCCGAAUCUUUGAUCUGGACUGGCAGCGCGAGCGUAAAGGUGGCUUCAAAACUACAGAUUUAACUACCCAAUGCACUCACAGGUAUAAAAUUUACUCCGAAGGGCAUGCAUGGUCUGUUAGUCAAAAGUAUAUUCUAGCAUGUGAUUCCAUGACUCUGAUCAUAAGUCCACACUACUAUGAUUUCUAUAGUAGGGGUUUGCUACCGGCGAUUCAUUACUGGCCGAUAAGUGAGAAUGACCUCUGUAAUUCUAUCAACUUCGCGGUAAAAUUUGGCAACAAGCACACUGAUCAGGUGAGAGAGAUUGGAAAAGCCGGGAGCAAAUUUGUUCAAGAACAGCUAAAAAUGAAAUAUGUUUACGACUACAUGUUUCAUGUCUUGUACCAAUAUGCAAAGCUCUUGAAGUACCAGCCAACUGUGCCUAAAGGGGCCGUGGAAGUGUGUUCGGAUACAUUUAUUUGCAACACAAAAGGGUUAAGGAAAAAGUUUAGGCUUUCUUCCAAGGUUGACAGUCCUUCAGAUUCAGGCCCUUGCAAUCUGCAACAUCCAUAUGAUCAUCGAACACUUGAAGCUUUUGUUAGGAGGAAAAGUAAUCUGACAAAGAAAAUUGAACAAUGGGAAGAGAGUGAUAUUUCAACAAGAAAGAAAUUUAAUCAGCACUUUAGUUCUGCAAGUUCAUCAAAUGCUGCAACAUUUAACAAUGCAGAGCUGAUGCACCAGAAAUCAGCUUUUGUUUUAUAA